CGCUCCUCAUGCACCCCUCAGCCGGAACUCUCACUUCCUGCGAGUGCACGGGGAUACUCCGACCGAACACCGUCCAUGGGUCCACCUGCAUCGGUGGAAGUCUUUCUCAGCUUCAGCAGAGAGGAGGGGGACGACGCUGGAGUCGGCAGCUUCGCGGCUCGCCUACACGACGCCCUCCGUCACAGGGCCGUCAGUGUGGUCGCCGAGGGAUCGGCUCGCGUCUGCAUUCCUGUCAUCUCUAGAUCCUAUGCCGACAGCCGGCGGUGCCUUGUCGAUCUGGCUAGCGUUGUGAGGAGCGGGAAGGCCGUCAAGAUCCUUCCCGUCUUCUAUCGCGUCGAUCCAUCGGAUGUCCGACGCCAGAAAGGGCAUUUUGAAGUAGCGUUCAAGAUGCAUGAGGUCCAAUCCGAAGAGAAGGACGUGAGGGAGUGGAGGGAGGCGUUGAGCGAGGCGGGUGAAAUCGUCGGCUACGUCCUUUCCGUCGACGACGAUAAAAGCCAUGAGGACAAGUUUAUCCAGUUGAUUGUUAAACGGGUUUUGAGUGAGUUCAGCAAUGCUACGGUCGAAGUUUCUAGGUACCUUGUUGGAAUUGAAUCUCGGGUAGAUGCAAUAAUGGAGUUAUUGGGUAUUGGAGUUAAAGAUGUGAGAAUGAUUGGGAUACAUGGAAUGGGCGGGAUCGGAAAGACAACAUUAGCUAAGACCAUUUACAAUCGCAUCUUUACAAAUUUUGAUGCUGGAUGCUUCAUUCCGAAUGUCAGGGACACGUCCAAGCAGUAUGGAGGAAUGACCUCUAUGCAAGAAAAACUUAUUUCGGAUGUUUUGAAGUUCGAAGUAAAAGUAAAUGACGUUAGUCAAGGUAUUGCUGUGAUAAAAGGCAGAUUCCAUUCCAAAAAGGUUCUCAUUGUCCUUGAUGAUGUGGAUCAAAAGUACCAGCUUGAUGCUUUAGCUGGUGCACGAGAUUGGUUUCAAGCGGGAAGUAGAAUCAUUAUGACGACAAAAUAUGAGCACGUUAUGAAUGUCCAUAAACUUAAGGUACAAGAAAGGUACCAGGUUAAUGAGUUAAACGAUACUGAAUCCAUGCUGCUUUUCAGUCAUCAUGCAUUUGGAAGAGAGGAACCACCUGAAGGUUAUGUGGAUCUCUCUGAGAAAAUUGUAGCGGCAGCAGGUGGGCUUCCUUUAGCAGUGGAAGUGUUUGGUUCGUUUUUGUUUGAUAAAAAGAACCCCAAGGAUUGGGAACAGAUGUGGGAAACACUUGAACUAAUCCCAUUUGAUGACGUCCAACAGAGGUUGAGAAUAAGUUAUGAUGAACUUGAUGAAGAUGAAAAGGGAAUAUUUCUUGAUAUUGCAUGUUUUUUUAUUGGUAUGAACAGAGAAACUGCAAUUACCAUAUGGCAAGCAUGUGGCUUCUUUCCAAGGAUAGAAAUCAAAACAUUGAUGCAAAGAUGUCUCAUUAAAAUUGAUGAACAUGAUAGAUUGGAAAUGCAUGACCAACUUAGAGACAUGGGAAGAGGAAUUGUUCGCGAAGAAAACCCCUUAGAUCCUAGUAAACGUAGCAGGCUAUGGGUUCAUGAAGAAGUGUUGGAUGUACUGGACAACCAAAAGGGAGGAGAAGAUCUUGAAGGCAUGGGGAUUGAUUUCAAAAGAGAUCCAGUGAGAGAUUUUAGCGUCGAUUCAUUUAGGAAGCUGACCAGUCUAAGGCUUCUUCGCGCCAAUUUUUCAAAUUUCAUUGGUCAAUAUAGAUUCAUGCCAGCAGAAUUGAGAUGGUUAGAGUGGCAUGGUUGCCCACUGAAAAUGCUGCCAGAUGAUUUUGGCCUUGGGAAAGUUGCAGUGCUUGAUCUGUCUCAAGGUAAGAUGGUCCAAGUAUGGAAUGACAACAUGUUCUCGAGAAACAAGGUCUACAAUGGAUUAAGAGUUCUUGAUUUGAGUGAUUGCUUUAAUCUGAAAUGCACUCCUGAUUUUUCUGCUCUGCCUAUGCUAGAAAAGUUGUCUCUCAGUUGGUGCAUGGAAUUGGUGAUGAUCCAUGAAUCAAUUGGUGAACUUACAAGACUGGUUGAGUUGGAUAUGUUUUGGUGUAGACAACUGCAGAAGCUACCAGGUUCACUUGGACGGGCAACAAAACUCAAGAAUUUGAACUUGUGCUUCUGUCAGUCACUAAGAAAACUGCCCGAUUCUAUUUGCAGCCUGACGGAUCUUUCAUCACUUAAUGUUGCAUCAACUGAUAUUCAAGAACUCCCUGAUUCCAUAGUAUCUCUUGAGAAGUUAAGGAUUUUUCGACUGUUUGACUGCAAGAAGCUUAAAGCCCUCCCAGAACAACUAGGGAGGUUGGUCAAACUUGAAGAGUUAAACUUGAGUGGCUGUGAGCUACUAAGGAAGUUGCCUGCUUCUAUUGGGAAUCUGAGAGGUUUGUCGACGCUUCAUCUGCAGAGCACAGGCAUUGAAGAGCUUCCUGAAUCCAUAGGAUCACUGGAGAAACUGAAUAAAUUGUCUUUGUCAUGCUGUGAGAUGCUGAGUGGGUUGCCUGAGACAUUUCUGAGGCUGACACAGUUCCAGAAAUUGGACCUAAAUCAAUGUAAGUCACUAGAAAGAUUACCUGAUUCUAUUGGCAAUAUGGAGAAUCUGACUGAGCUCAUCCUCUCAGAAACUUGUCUUAAGGAGCUUCCUGAUUCCAUUGGAUAUCUUGACAACCUGAAGGUCUUGAAGAUAAACAAAUGUACAAAACUUAGAGGCUUGCCUGAUACAUUUCAGAGGUUAACCAACCUUGAGAAGCUGGAUUGGAGUGAAUGCAACUUGUCAGCGAGGUUGCCUGAUUUCAUUGGUUGUAUGAAAAACAUGAGUGAACUUAACAUUGCAUGGAGCGGCCUUGAAGAGCUUCCUGACUGUAUUGGCAACAUGACCAACCUAGUUGAACUUGAUCUCUCUUGGUCUGACGUUGAGGAGCUUCCUGAUUCCAUAGGAUCGCUCUCCAAGUUGAAGAGACUGCUGUUGUUCAAGUGCUUUGAGUUGAAGAACCUACCUGAAUCAAUUGGAAACUUGAUCAGUCUUGAGGAGCUAAACUUAGGUGGAUGUGAGUCCUUAACUACCUUGCCUGAAUUAAUUGGUAAAAUGAAGAACCUGGCCGACCUUGAUGUCUCAGAAACAGGUAUUCAAGAGUUUCCCUCUUCCAUAGAGUUGCUCGAGAAGCUCACAGCAUUGGGUAUAUGCAACUGCACUAAGUUGGUGACCCUAGACCUGGCAAAAAUGAAAAACUUGCAGUAUCUGUUUGUGAAGGGAAGAGGCGAGGAAGAGUAUAAAGAUGAGGAAUACUAUGAGAUAUCAGAAACAACGAAGAAAUUAGGUGGUUACUUUGAGCAGGGUCAAGAGUACAGAAGGCUCGAAUAUGUUGACUGCAAAGAGGAAACCCACAGGUGGCUGGUUCAGUGGAGAUUGGUGAUAAAAGUACAGAACCAGGAUGAGGAGCGGUCGAUGGUGAUAGAGGACAGGCACAGAAAGGAAUGGGGUUUGUUUCGGGGUAUGCAGUGGCUGAGUCUUAUUUUUCCCCAGAAGUUUGUUUUUGAUGAUAAAUGAACAGUUACACUGUAGAAAAUGAUUUUAGUGGACCUUGCUUUCUGUUGGUGCCUCGGUCUAGAGAAACAAAAACUGCUUAUAAAACUCAUCAUCCGAAUGAUCUACUGUAUAGAGUAUAGACCACCGGUCCACCGGUCAUGCUCGAUUUUUGGGAAGCCUAUUUAGUUACAUAUGCACAUUGGCUCUCGUUCUCCCUCUUUUCUUUUAGAUAGAUCAAGUUGAUUCAAUUCUAACACAAUCCGACGCAUCUGUUCUGGAUCCUUCUAAGAGUUGGGUUUGUAUAUGUAUGUAUGAAUAAGAAAUACAUAUAAUUUUUUUUUCUUUUAUUGCUACUUAAUUUGUUCUCCUUUUGCUUGUGCUGAC